AUGCGUGAGCGAGAUCGUCUUAAACUCCUUGCUAUAAAGAAUAACUCGGAAAAUUACUGGAGUGCAUAUAAAACGUCCAGAAAUCGCGUAACUCAAUCAUUACGAGAAGCAAAAACAACUUAUUAUAAAAAUCAAUUUGUAUGUGUCAAAAAUAAUCCUAAGGAAGCUUGGAAAACAGUGAACAAAAUCCUCAAUCCCAAUAAAAAAUGCGGCUCCGAAAUUAAUUGUAUUACUUCACGGAGCGGACAAAUCACUUGCUCAAGUGAAUUAGCUGAAUCCUUUAAUAGUUACUUUGCUAGUGCUGGACCCAAUAUUGCCAAUAUCACUGAGAACAGUGACACGAAUUUUAUGGAUUAUUUAACGAAAACUACAACAAGUGUUUUCAAAUUUCAAGCAGUUCUGUGGCCAAA